AUGGAAAAACAAGAGAAACAUCAAACUCCGGGUAUUCGCCCAGUAAUGGAUACCUACAGCUCAAAAAUCGAACUUGCCUAUAAUGGUUCAAGGGAAGACCUAGAUCCUUAUGUACCAGCCGCCCACAGACCAUUAGAGUCAAACACAUCGAGUUUCGGUGCACUAGCGCAUUUAUUGAAAGCCUCUUUAGGAUCUGGUGUACUGGCGAUGCCUCUCGCCUUCAAAAAUGCUGGUUUACUUGUAGGUGUUAUCGGGACUAUGGCCAUAGGCUUCGUCUGUGCUCACGUUAUCCAUGUGUUGGUGAAAACUUCACAAGCUUUAUGUGUUGAAAUCAAGAGGCCUUGCUUAGGAUAUGCGGAUACAUGCGAUCUAGUAUUCCAGACUGGACCAAAACCAAUUAGGAAAUACGCUCCCUUUGCCAGAGAGUUAGCAGAUUGGGCUCUUGCUGUAACACAUUUAGGAGCAUGUUGUGUAUACAUUGUCGUUAUAGCCGAAUCUUUUAAACAGGUAUCUGAUGAAUACGGUGGUCCGAAAUGGUCUGUGUCAACAUUCUGUGCCUUAACACUAGUUGUGUUAAUACCAUUGACACAGAUAACGAAAUUAAAAUACUUAGUUCCAUUCUCAGCUCUGGCUAACUUCGUAUGGCUUACAUCCAUCUGCAUAUCAAUAUAUUAUUGUUUAAGAUCUCCACCACCAAUUAGUGAAAGAAAUCUAGCUACCUCGUUAUCAGGAUUACCUAAUUUUAUAAGCACAAGUCUUUUUGCCAUGGAAGGAAUCGGUGUUGUUAUGCCAGUAGAGAAUGAAAUGACAAAGCCUCAACAGUUCCUUGGUUGUCCUGGUGUAUUGAACAUCGCUAUGACAGCGGUUGUGGCUCUUUACACUUUCGUAGGAUUUUCCGGAUACCUAAACUUCGGUGAAGAAGUCAGAGGCAGUCUCACUUUAAAUCUACCCCAGGAUGAAAUCCUAGCUCAAGUAGCGAAGAUCCUAGUUGCGUGUGUGAUGCUGUUAUCAUACGCAUUAAUAUUCUACGUUCCCGUGGACGUGGUGUGGAGACGAUUGCAAGAGAAAAUCCCCGCUCGGACCCACAGAUGGUCCAUAGCAGGUCUGAGACUCGGUGGAACACUAUUGACUGUGGGUCUCGCCUGUGCGAUUCCAAGAUUAGAACUCUUCAUGGAGUUGGUCGGAGCUGUGUGUUUGUCUAUAAUGGGUUUAUCACUCCCCGCUAUCGUCGAAACUGUUUUUCGAUGGGACAAAGGUAUGGGGACCUGCAACUGGAUUUUAUGGAAGAAUUGUCUUAUUUUAUUAUUCUCCAUGGUAGCUAUGGUAUCAGGAGUGACCUUUUCUAUAAAAUCUAUGAUAGAUAACUUGUGA